CCACGGAUCCCACAACGUUGGCAGAACAAUCGUUUCAGCAGAAUCGAAUCAAUCCAAAGACGGUCUUACCCGUAACAUGUCACGAAAUAGCUCUGUAUCCUCUGUGUACCGUAAGACUUUUUGUAAUUAGUGAAGGUUGAAAUGGCUGUGUCGUCGAAAGCUCCAAGCUUUUCGGUUGCAUUGCGAAAGUGGGCCUACAAUCUUUCUGGCUUCAAUAAAUAUGGCCUUCACCAUGAUGAUUGUUAUGAUGAAGAUAAUCCAGAUGUAAAGGAAGCCCUAAGACGAUUACCAGCACAUCUUCUUGAUGAACGUAACUUUCGGAUUGUUCGUGCCAUGCAGUUGUCACUGCAGAAGAUCGUAUUACCAAAAGAAGAAUGGGUAAAAUUUGAGGAAGACAACAAAUAUUUAAAACCAUACCUUGAAGAAGUUAUCAAGGAGCGAGAAGAGAAAGAAGACUGGAAAAAGAAGUGAAUGUCAUGUCCAUGUAGAUUCUUUACAAAUUGUACAUAACUCUUAGAAUUUAAAUAGAAAAUAAAAUAUUAUUGAUAACAGAACA